AAGAAAAUAAUGUCACUGAACAAAUAGCGUCUUUAUUUUCUUUUGUUUUGUUAGACUGUAUUAUAUAUUGGCAGCUAUGCUUAAAAAUGUCUGGUUUCUUCCAGUUGUCGUGAUGCGACGCUUCGUCUUCCUCAUGAUGCAGUGCUGCGUCGUCAUGAGCGUCAGCUGUCCGGCGGACAGGAACCAGGACCACCGGCCCCGCGUGAGCUGUGUGGGCCAGAGCCUGACGACGGUUCCUGACGGGAUCAAGCCCGACACGCAGGUUCUGGUUCUCACAGGAAACCACUUCAGUUCUCUGUCCUGGUCCUCGUAUUCUGGAUUCACACAACUGCACGAGCUGGACCUGAGCCACAAUCUCAUCACCACGCUGGAGCCGCCAGGUCCAGAGUUGGGGAACCUGAGCGUGUUGCGUUUGUCUGGUAACAGGUUAACUGGUUUGGGAGGACUGGUGUUCCGCUGCGCUCCGAACCUGAUGGAGAUCUUCUUGGACGCCAACCAGAUCCGUUCCCUUCACGACGCCACCUUCAGCGAACUCCCACGUCUGGAGAUCAUCAAUCUCUCUCAGAAUAAGCUUCCCGCCCUGCCGGCUCGCCUCCUGGAGCGAGUGUCUUCCAGCAGCCUGAAGACGUUUGAUUUGGAGAAUAACAGCGUCUCGCUGAUGCCCGACAGGUUCUUCUCGUCUAAACCCGAGUUACCGUACGUUUUCCUGUCCUAUAAUCCCUGGAUCUGCAGCUGUGCUGUAGGUUAUCUCCACAGCUACCUGAGCGACCAGGAGCACAACGUCUACAAGCAUGAAGGACCGAACGGCCUCGAUCCCGCCGCCGACAGUGUUGUGUGUUCUGGGCCACCUCAUCUAUUCCAACGGCCCAUCAUUGAACUGGAAGAGAACGACUUCUGCCCUCCAGAUCCACCUCUCUACCCCAACGGAGACUGGGAUUUCAAACCCAUUCCUACUAUAAUCCCAGCUAAACCAAAUUCCAGCCCUCAAACCCCUCCUGCUCCACACGACACCACCGACAUCACCCUCCUGCCCGCUUCCACCAAAUCCUGGACCCCCACCUGGUCCUGGGUCAGAGCUGAGUCCUGGAGUAAAACAAGGUCUGAAUUCUGGACCACGUGGGAGCUUUUUAGCUUGAAUCCAAUGACUAGUCCAGAGAUUCCCACUCCAGACGCCACUGAAUCACUUGCCUACACAACACAAUCAAACACCAGGAUUACUGACCCGUACCAACCCACAACUUCUGGACCCAUUACUGCCGGAUCCCAAGGGCAAAGUACAAUCGGAUCUGAACCGCACACUUCCAGAACGAUCUUGAUCCAGACCGAACCACCAACCGUUGGACCCUAUACAGCCAGAUCCUAUGAUCAAAGUACUUCCCGACUGGAUCCUCACUCCUCUAGCGCAACGAUCACGGUCCAGACUGAACCACCAACCAUUGGACUCAUUACUGCCGGAUCCCAAGGUCAAAGUACCAUCGGAUCUGAACCGCACACUUCCAGAACGAUCACGAUCCAGACUGAACCACCAACCAUUGGACCCAUUAUUGCCGGAUCCCAAGGUCAAAGUACCACCGGAUCCUCCAGAACAACGAUCACGGUCCAGACCGAACCACCAACCGUUGAGCGGAUCAUUCCCCAAACAGAACCGCCCACUAGUGUCGGUCCGCACUGGGCAGAUGCUCGUGGUGCGGGUGGAAGGAUCCUGCCGUGGUGCUGGUGGUUAUUUGCCGGUUUCGUGUUGUUGUGUUUGCUAUCGGCUCUCACGUCAUGUGUCCUGUGUGUUUGGCUCCUGAGGAACCACCUCACCGUCAGCCGGUGGCUCAAGCAUCACGGCUUGCCUCGCUCGGACAGCGACGGGGUCACCCUACAGGCGUACAGAUACACUGAACACGCACAGCGAAGGGAGGAUGAAGGUGAGCGCGUGAGCUUUAUACCCCUAAAACAGCUCAGAGACGUUCAAGCCGUGUUCCGAAGCGUCCUCUUCAUCAACCCGCCGGAAGAGCAGAAACACCACACUAAAGGGAGAGAUGCUGCUUCCAAAGUAGAGCUGGUUUCUGUAGCAGGCGGAGCGAGAGAUAAGGAGCGGGAGCCGGCGAUGAGCGGGGAAGUGUUCAGGAAGACCCUGCACAGGGUGAUUAGCCGAGAAGAGGAAGCAGACGGAUGGAGAGAGGAAGAGGAGGCAGACGGAAGGAGAGAGGGAGAGUGUGUGCGGAGCGGAGAGGGGUCGACCGCCCGCUAUAGUCUAAUCCUGAGGGAGGAGAGAGGAACACAGCGAGAGAUGCAGUGGGUGGUUGGGGAAUGGGAACUGGGGGAUGAGGGCGUGGUCUAUCAGAGGUCCUGCUCUCUGAUUGGCCAGCUCUCCUCUGUCGCUCAGGAGUGAACCGUCAUUGGAUACGAACUUGGUUUUGUCUGUUAACGCUCAAAUAUUGAUUGUUGAUUCCAAGCCAAUAAAUUGUUUCAAUGCAGCUACAGAAAAA